UACAGAGUUGACGACAGAGCUGAGACAAUGAAGUGGGCCAUUGUUGUGUGUGCCAUGGUGGCACUGUCCGAGUGCUUCAUCCAGGUCCCUCUGGAGAAGGGUAAGACUGCCAGGGAGAUCCUGGAGGAGAAGGGUCUAUGGGAGGAGUACAGGCUAAAAUACCCAUACAACCCCCUUUCCAAGUUUGACCAGCGCUUUGCUGUGGGCAAUCAGCCCAUGACCAACGACGCUGAUCUGUCUUACUAUGGAGUCAUCUCCAUUGGAACUCCUCCUCAGUCCUUCCAGGUCAUCUUUGACACCGGCUCUUCUAAUCUGUGGGUGCCCUCCGUCUACUGCCAAAGUGCAGCCUGCAACAACCAUGAUAAGUAUAACCCUACCAUGAGCAGCACCUACAGAUUCAACGGCAAACCUCUCACUAUCCAGUAUGGCACCGGCAGCAUGACCGGCUUCCUUGCAUACGACACUGUGACGGUGGGUGGAAUCGCUGUGAAGAACCAAAUCUUCGGCUUGAGUCAGACUGAAGCUGCCUUCAUGCAGCACAUGGUUGCUGAUGGUAUCCUGGGCCUGGCAUACCCACGCCUGUCUGCCUCUGAUGCUACACCUGUCUUCGACAACAUGAUGACCGAGGGUUUGGUCAACCAGGACCUCUUCUCCGUGUACCUGAGCCCUAACUCUCAGCAAGGUAGUGUGGUGACCUUCGGUGGUAUUGACCACAACCAUUACACUGGCCCAAUCACCUGGAUUCCCCUCUCCAAUGAGCUGUACUGGCAGAUCACAGUGGACAGUGUUACUAUCAAUGGUCAGGUUGUGGCUUGCAAUGGCGGUUGCCAGGCUAUUGUGGACACUGGCACUUCUCUGGUCGUUGGACCUCAGAGCAGCAUCGGCAACAUCAACAGCAUGUUGGGAGCUAACAGCCAGUACGGAAACAGUGUCAACUGUAACAGCCUUGGCCAAAUGCCUGAUGUGAUCUUCCACAUCCAUGGACAGGAAUUCGCCCUCCCAGCCUCUGCCUACGUCUUUCAGUCUCAAUACUCUGGCUGCCGCACUGGCUUCAGCGGUGGAGGCGACAGCCUGUGGAUCUUGGGUGAUGUCUUCAUUAGACAUUACUUUUCUAUCUUCAACAGAGGCCAGAAUAUGGUGGGUCUGGCCAAGUCUAAGUAAUGAACCUGAAGUCAACUUGCAACAAGAGCCAUGCAACAAUCAUAAAUAAAUCCUAGUGCAAUAGUGGGACUUCCAACAGGCAUGGUUUCCAGUACAACUGUAAUAUGUAAUUCUUGAGACUAAUAUCUUUUCCUUGUUCUAUAAAUGGUUACAUAUUCUCAAAUCCAAUAAAAAGAGUUAAAUCAAUUUUACGGGUGUUUUGUUAUUAAACUGUACUACAAACAGAAAUGACUCUAAAUCUGUGUCAGUUAUAAGCUGCUACAACAUCUAUUAAGGUGUAAGCAAGACUGUAACAGUAAAACCCCUGAGUGUAUUGAACUUGGCAGGGGUGUAUUUUAUUGUUGAUUAGUUCAAUUUGUCAUUUGUAAGUAAAUUACAUGAUAAUAAUAUUUCUGACCUUUAGUGAAAUAUCAAAGCUCAAAGCCGACAUAACUUUGGAACUGUAGCGACCUGAGUGUGUUUUAAAGAGUAACUCCACACAACAAUGCAUAUAGUUUGUAUUAAAAAUGCCUUUUCUGACCAAAAUUAACCUCUGCUGUAUGUGUCGGUUUGGAUUGGAAAGUUCAGUUUCGCUGAAUCUCUUUCCCGUCCCUAAGGCCACAUUCAAAAUGACUUGAGCCGUGUGCGAAAAUCAAAGCUGCCUCAUACACUUGAAUAGAGCCAGUAUGUCAGGCAGCGGGGUUGCCAGCACAGGGUUGUCCAGCAAAAAAGUUGAACCAGGCUCAGCUUUUGCUGCAGCUUUGUGUCAUCUGGCAAGGUGCAUCAUUGGCCAAUCAAAUACAUGCAAGCACACAUCUCUGGCAGGUUAUUUUCCAACGUGAACACUGUAUUUCUACUGUUUACCUUACAACCGUCGCCAUGAAACAUAAUUAGUUGUUGUUAAUCCCAUAUGCUGACGUUAAGGCACUAGUGGGCUUUCUGCAGAACAUAA